UGGCGUCGCCGCCGCUUCAGUCUGUGCAAGCUCGCGUCAGCUGCUUCAGGGCCCGCUGCACCCGCCUCCGCCCUGCACCACCUGAGCCAUGCCUCUGGCCACCUCACAGUCUGGGCCUCUGCGCCGGGUGUUCGUGGUGGGGGUUGGGAUGACCAAGUUCAUGAAGCCUGGACUUGAGAAUGCAAGAGACUACCCUGACUUGGCAAAAGAAGCAGGCCAGAAGGCUUUAGCUGAUGCACAGAUCCCUUAUUCAGUAGUGGAACAGGCAUGUAUUGGCUACGUUUAUGGUGACUCUACCUGCGGGCAGAGGUCUAUCUAUCACAGUUUGGGACUGACUGGAAUUCCUAUAAUAAAUGUCAACAAUAACUGUGCUACUGGUUCUACUGCUUUGUUUAUGGCCCGGCAGCUGAUUCAGGGUGGUAUGGCAGAUUGUGUCUUGGCUCUUGGAUUUGAGAAGAUGGAGAAGGGAUCCAUUUUAGGAAAUUCUUCACAUAGGACCAACCCAAUUGAUAAACAUCUUGAGGUCCUGAUCAAUAAAUAUGGAUUGUCUGCCAAACCAGUUACUCCUCAGAUGUUUGCGUAUGCUGGGAAAGAGCACAUGGAAAAAUAUGGAACAAAAGUUGAACAGUUUGCAAAAAUUGGAUGGAAAAAUCAUAAACAUUCAGUUAAUAACCCGCAUUCCCAGUUCCAACAGGAAUACAGUUUAGACGAAGUGAUGACAUCUCGAGAAGUUUUUGAUUAUUUGACUGUCUUACAAUGUUGUCCCACUUCAGAUGGUGCUGCAGCGGCAAUUUUGGCUAGUGAAAUAUUUGUACGGAAGUAUGGCCUGGAAUCCAAAGCUGUGGAAAUUUUGGCACAAGAGAUGGUAACUGAUUUGCCAAGCUCAUUUGAAGACAAAAGCAUUAUUAAAAUGGUUGGCUUUGAUAUGAGUAAAGAAGCUGCCAGAAAGUGCUAUGAGAAAUCUGGCCUGAGACCAAAUGAUAUUGAUGUUAUAGAACUUCAUGAUUGCUUUUCUGUCAAUGAACUCCUUACUUAUGAAGCCCUGGGACUCUGUCCAGAAGGACAAGGUGGAAGACUGGUUGAUAGAGGAGAUAAUACUUAUGGAGGAAAGUGGGUCAUAAAUCCUAGUGGCGGAUUGAUUUCAAAGGGACAUCCACUGGGAGCUACAGGUCUGGCUCAGUGCGCCGAACUCUGCUGGCAGCUGAGAGGAGAAGCAGGAAAAAGGCAAGUUCCUGGUGCAAAGGUUGCUCUGCAGCAUAAUUUAGGCAUUGGAGGAGCUGUGGUUGUGACGAUCUACAAGAUGGGUUUUCCUGAAGCUGCCAGUUCUUUCAGAACUCAUCAAAUUGAGGCUCUUCCAACCAGCUCUGCAGUUAAUGGAUUUAAGGCAGAUGUUGUCUUUAAGGAGAUUGAGAAGAAGCUUGAAGAGGAAGGGGAACAGUUUGUGAAGAAAAUCGGUGGUAUUUUUGCCUUCAAGGUGAAGGACGGCCCUGAGGGUAAAGAAGCCACCUGGGUGGUGGAUGUGAAGAACGGCAAAGGAUCAGUGCUUCUUAACUCAGAUAAGAAGGCUGACUGCACAAUCACAAUGGCUGACUCGGACUUACUGGCGUUAAUGACUGGUAAAAUGAAUCCUCAGUCGCUUAAUACACACCAUUGGCAUGGACAUCUCCACCCACAGAGCCUGCUCCAAGAAUCUGGACAAAACGGAGGCCACCAGUAGAGGAGCUGGCUGUCUUCCUCCUUCCCACCCACUGCUCCUCGUUCCGCUGUGCAGUUCAUGCACUUCCUUGGCGGGGUGAUCAGACUUCACACAUCGGCUGCCCUCGUUCUCAGUUUAUCUGUUUACCACCCAUUUGGGGGAGCAAAGGAUCAGCUUAUUUUUCUUGAACACCUGUUAGCACCCAAAGGAACUAAAGAUAAAAAUGGCAGGUAUUUCUGUUAAUAUGCUAAUGGUCUUCCCUUAUGCUUAGAGGAUUUGACUGGAAACCAUUAAAUGCACUGGAAAUUAUAAUUUCAGUGUUUGGCUACAGGUGAAACAAAGCGGUGUGCUCUCCACUGUAAAGCACACACACGAAGAACACCUAGGGGCCAGGUGAAACUGAUCCUUAUGUUUGCGUUCCCUAAAGGGUGAAGACUCAUGUUUUCCCUAUAAUAAUUAGUAAACAAAAAGUCAUUUUCUCUUUUAAUUUUUAAAAAAAGGAAAGUUGGUGAGUUUCUCUUUUAGGUACUGCUGGUCCAUAUUUUUAAAGGACAUAUGUUAAAUAUAUUGUGUUCUGAGACACCUGACCUUUAAGUCAUCAGACAGAAGGCUGUGUGCCAUAUAGAAAGGAAAUAUUUAGUUUGUCCAGACAGAAGAGGGGGAAAAGAAAAAAAGGAAUUAGUCACCCUUACCAGAAGGUGUAGAAAAAGCGGAGUUCUGUGCAUUCCCAUGGAUAAGGUAGAAGAGCUCCUAACUUCUUAAUAUACUUGCUUAAAAACCUAAGACUACCAGAAACUUUUUUCAUCUAGCUCUUUCUUAUUUUAACAGUUGAGUCAAAGACUGAGAUCAUAGCAGGGAAAUCAUGCUGUGUUCCCAAAUUUGCUAUUAUUUCUCUAAAGUUUUCCCAGGAUUUUGUUACAUGAUAAAUUUAGCAAACAUCAAGUGAUCUAAUCCCAGGCAGUUGUUAAAUGGAACAAAUUGUGGCUCUGCACUUCGGGUUGGUUUGAUUCUUCUUCUUGAGCCAAAGAUUGACACCAGCACCUCAGUCUCAGCAGGCUGCCUGUCCUCCCUCUCUAGGGAUAAAUCCUUUAUCAUGCAGACCAAAAAAGGAAACAAAAUUGGUGACAUUUCAUCCACAUUGUAUUGAAUCCCAGGAGUUAUGCAUGUGCUUUUUUUUCCCUAGCAGACUACUGAAAAUUUCAGUUCAUGCUCUUUUUUUUUUUUAGAUUUUAUUUGUAAGUAAUCUCUAUACCCAGUGUGGGGCUGGAAUUUAGAGAUCAAGAGUCACAUGCUCCACCGACUGAGCCUGGUGCCCCUCAGUUCAUAUUCUUGAUCCACAUGUAGUAUUUUUAAACAAAAUCGAUCUAGUACAAACCCACUUUACCUACUAUUUGGAAAAUGUACCAUUGGUGACGAAGGCAGGUAAAGGUAGACUCAAUUUCUUUUUUUUUUUUUAAGACUUUUUAUUUAUUUAUUUGACAGAGAGAGACACAGUGAGAGAGGGAACACAAGCAGGGAGAGUGGGAGAGGAAGAAGCAGGCUUCCCGUGGAGCAGGGAGCCCGAUGUGGGGCUCGAUCCCAGGACCCUGGGACCAUGACCCGAGCCGAAGGCAGACGCCUAACGACUGAGCCACCCACGCACCCCUAGACUCAAUUUCUAAGAGAAGACAUUUGGGAAAGAUGUGUCGUGUGACUGCUCUUUGUAAAGUGAGCUUUUUACAAAGCCUUCCCUUUGAGCAAUCUAGUUCUAAAUCUAUUCCAGAAAGCCAACUUUCAUAUUUUGAAGAAAGUUUAAGAAACCUGGAUAAAUAAAUGAUCUCAGGGCUGGAUCAUCUAGAAAUAUCAGCAAUCACAAAACAAAAAACACCAAGUAAUAAAUUUUCUU